UUCCCUUUUAGGGCUGGAUUUAAAUGCACACUAGUUUGUUCAUGACGAAGCAGUCCGUUAUCAGAAAUGCAGAAAUGACCGGUGUUGUAAUUUUAAAGAAAAUGGUUCAUGUUGUUAUUUUGAUCCACUUGUAUUUGUGGCAUCUAGUCGGUGUGUUUGCUGAUACAGUUACAGUGAUGUCAGUGACGGAGGGAGAUUCAGUCACUCUAGACUCUGGUCUUACUGAAAUGAUGGACGAUGACAUGAUUCUGUGGAGGUUUGGAUAUAACAAGAUUUUAAUAGCUAAAAUCAAUGUAAUGACCAGCAGCGUCACUAUAUAUGAUGAUGUUCUUGGUGGGAGAUUCAGAGACAGACUGAAGCUGGAUCAUCAAACUGGAUCUCUGAUCAUCACAGACACCAGAACUGAACAUACUGGGCUCUAUCAACUACAGACCAAUACUGUGAGAAAGAGAUUCAAUCUCACUGUCUAUGCUCGUCUGCCUGUUCCUGUCAUCAGUAACUCUUCAAACUGUUCAUACUCAUCAUCUUCAUCAUCAUCACAGCAGAAUUGUACAUUGUUGUGUUCAGUGGUGAAUGUGGGUCAUGUGACUCUCUCCUGGUACAAAGGAAACAGUUUAUUGUCCAGCAUCAGUGUGUCUGAUCUCAGCAUCAGUCUCUCUCUACCUCUGGAGGUGGAAUAUCAGGAGAAAAACAGCUACAGCUGUGUGAUCAACAAUCCCAUCACAAACCAGACCACACAUCUGGACAUCACUCAACUCUGUCAGCCAUGUCCAGCUGUUACAGAACAAUUUCCUUCAUAUCCGCAAGUUUCAGUGUCUCUGAUAGUGCUGGUUUCUGCUGUUGCUGGAUCUCUGUUGAUUGUAGCUGCAGUCGGGACCUUCUGCUUCUACUGGAAACACAAGAAAACCUAUCAACAUGGCAAGUGAUACAAAGUGUUAUUACAAAUAACACCUUUUUUAUAGCUCUUUACUUGUCUCACUCACACAAAACAAGUCAAGUCACCUUUAUUUAUAUAGUGCUUUAAACUAAAUACAUUGCGUCAAAGCAACUGAACAACAUUAAUUAGGAAAACAGUGUCUCAAUAAUGCAAAAUGAUAGUUAAAGGCAGUUCAUCAUUGAAUUCAGUGAUGUCAUCUCUGUUCAGUUUAAAUAGUGUCUGUGCAUUUAUUUGCAAUCAAGUCAAUGAUAUCGCUGUAGAUGAAGUGACCCCAACUAAGCAAGCCAGAGGCGACAACGGCAAGGAACUGAAACUCCAUCGGUGACAGAAUGGAGAAAAAAACCUUGGGAGAAACCAGACUCAGUUGGGGGCCAGUUCUCCUCUGACCAGACGAAACCAGUAGUUCAAUUCCAGGCUGCAGCAAAGUCAGAUUGUGCAGAAGAAUUCUUGUGGUCUUGUCCUGGUGUUCGUCUGAGACAAGGU